AUGAUCGUUUUUGGAGCCUGUUAUUUUCGAUCAAGUGGAAACUAUACUCGAUUGAUCUUCGAGAAAAGUGGUUCAGAAAGAGAGAGGACAUUUUCGGCGGGAGACGUCAGUGCCAGUGUCAAGCAACACCCCCAACAGUCGUCAGCAGACAAAUCGCCGUCGCCGGACGACGACAGGAAACGCCUGGACGUCGACGGUGACGGUGACGUGAGCAAUCGCUCGGCCAAGAUGGACGCCGACGUUGCCGAACAUGGCGGCCUGCUGCUGGGUGUCGACGGCAAAGCCACGCCGAUGAAAAGGCCGCCAGCGAGACGCGGCGCCGUUUCAGCGGAACCCGUGGACGAAAAUGACGUCACUCCUUAUCAACGAAAGGUUGUGCCAAAAAACGAAGCGUCAAAAGAGUCCAUGUCGAAAGCCAUCGAGCACAACGUUCUCUUCACUCACCUGGACUUUAAUGAGAAGCAAGACGUUUUUGAUGCCAUGUUUGAGAAGGAGUUUGAGCCCCAGGGUGUCAUCAUUCAGCAGGGCGAUGAAGGAGACAAUUUCUACAUUGUCCACGAGGGCACUUGCGAGGCGGUGAAAGACGGCGUGAAAGUGGCGGCGUACGACCAAGGCGGCAGUUUCGGGGAAUUGGCCCUGAUGUUUGGCCAGCCCCGGGCCGCGUCUGUCCUCGCGACGACGCACGUCAAAGUCUGGGGCAUCGACAGGGAAACGUAUCGACGGAUCCUAAUGGGAUCCACCAUCAAAAAGAGGAAACUUUACGACGAAUUCCUCAGCAAGAUCGACAUCCUGGCGGAUCUUGAGGAUUACGAGAGAAGCACAGUCGCAGAUGCGUUGCAGCCCGUGUCGUUCAAAGAUGGCGACGUGGUGGUGAAACAAGGGGAUCAAGGCGACGAUUUCUACAUAAUCAUGGAGGGUGUGGCGGAGGUUUUCCAAGUGAAACCCGGCGACGGGGACCAGACCCCCAUCAAAGUCGGCACUCUCAAGUCUUCCAACUACUUUGGGGAAAUUGCCUUGUUGUACAACACACCAAGAGCAGCCACCAUAAUUGCCAAAGGGCCCUUGGACUGUGUCCGCCUUGACAGAGAAAGGUCGGUUUGA